AUGAACUUUACUUUUAAACUUAUUUUUAUUGUUGCUGCUGUUCUUAUUUCUCAAUCUGAAGUCUUUGGAAGAGGAGGUGGUGAUCGUCAUGGAGGAAAAAAACACCAUAGACCACCACCAUUGCCUUUCCUUAAAGGUCUCAAUAAAACUGAUGUUAAAGAAUUCUUGGAUAUUAGAAGAAAUGAAAAUUUAACAAAAGCUGAGGUUGGAAAAGAAGAAGAUGCCUGGGCAUCUAAACAUAAUUCUACAAUUCAAGAAAUUUAUAAUGAAUUUAAGGUUAAUCGUACUAAAUUUGAAGCAGAAAUUAAGGCUAACAUUACAAAGGCUGCUGCUAAUUUGUCUACUGAUGCUAAAGUUGUUUUUGAGAAAUUGGAAGCUGUUAAAGAUGAUCAAAAUAUUAGUUAUAGAGAAGAACAUCAACAAAUUAAAGCCAUUUUAGAUGGUACAACACAAGAAAUUAGAGAUGAAAUUAGAAAAAUUUUACCACGUCAUCCAAGAGGUCCAGGUGGUCGUGGAGGUCACGGAGGUCCAAGAGGUCGUGGAGGUCCAGGAGGUCGUGGUGGUCCAGGAGGCCGUGGAGGUCCAAGAGGUCCAGGGGGUCCAGAAGGUCCAGAAGGUCCAGACGGAGAACAAACUUUAGAAAAUGAAGAUAAUCAACAAUAUGGAUCACUUAGCGAAGAAUAA